AUGGCGGCAUUCCCGCCGUCCAAUUUCGGCCUCGACCCUUCGCAGUACACGGAAUCGGGUUCUUCACAGAUGGAAUUCGGGUCCGCAGAGAAUGGCGCUGUCGAAAGCACCGGUGAAGGCAACUUUGUCCCGCGCCCGAAGCGCAUCGCAUGUGUCGUUUGUCGGAGGAGGAAAUUAAGAUGUGACGGGAGACGGCCAAGCUGUGGAACAUGUUCGCGAUUGGGACAUGACUGCUCUUACGAUGAAGUGCGCAAGAAGAGUGGCCCAAAGCGGGGAUAUGUCAAGCAGCUUGAAGCUCGAUUAGCUCAAGUCGAGACCCUCCUCAAAGGCCAGGACCCCGAACCUCCUUCACGAACUUCCCCGCCUCAACGGUUGGAUAAUUCCUUUGGCGCGCCUAUUAACGAUGAAUCUAUACUGGCCUUGCCUGACCUCUCGGGGUUGGGAGGUGACUUGGAUGGUCCGUUCCAGCAGUCGAAUGCACCUGACGCAGUUCAGCCCGGCCAAAUGAUGUAUCCUCCCGUAGAAAACACCAACAGCGAUGCCCAGACCCAGUGGGAUUUGAUCGCCUUGGGAUUGGAGGAGCCCCUCCCUUCACAAGAUGUGAUUGACGAACUAGACGCUAUGUUCUUCGAAAAAGUCUACCAAAUGCUGCCCAUCAUCCAUCGACCGCGGUACUUCGCCAGCCUGAAUCUGGCCCCUCACAUGCGGCCGCCUAUAUGCCUGCGCUACAUCAUGUGGUGUCAUGCUGCAUCCGCAAGUGACAAAUACUUCUUCCUGCAUAGCCAUUUCUACCAGCGCGCGCGUAAAUAUGCCGAAGCGGACGAGAUGAAAGGGUUUGGAGAGAACAUUGUCAGUCUAGCUCACUGCCAAACCUGGAUUUUGAUUGGAACCUAUGAGUUUCGAAUGAUUUUCUUCCCUCGGGCAUGGUUGAGCGUGGGUAAAGCUGCACGACUGGCACUGAUGCUCGGAUUGAACCGGCUUGAUGGCGUUGGCCUUGAUGUUAAACAGUCUAUCUCACCGCCAAGGGAUUGGACAGAGCGUGAAGAACGAAGGCGAGUAUUUUGGGGUGCUUUCGCGACUGACAGGUAUGCCAGUGUUGGAACUGGUUGGCCGCUCCUGAUCGACGAGGACGAUAUCAUGACAAACCUCCCUGCUUCCGAGGAUUCAUUCCUAAAGAGCAAGCCACAACGAACACUUCGUCUACAAGACAUAAUUGCCGGCGAGGGCAUUGCUACCUUGUCCUCGUUCGCCUGCGUCGUGGUUCUGACCAGUCUUUUUGGUCGUAACCUCGUCCAUAUUCAUCGCCCGCGGCCAAAUGACAACGACCAUGAUCUCAACGGAGAGUUUUGGAAGCGGCACAGAAGUCAUGAUAAUAUUCUUCUGCAUAUCGCCCUGUCCUUGCCCGAUCAUCUUCGCCUUCCAAGUGGUAUGUCAGAUGUGAAUGUCAUUUUUGCCAACAUGAGCAUACAUACUUCAACCAUUUGUCUUCACCAAGCGGCGAUUUUUAAAACCGAAAAGAACAAGAUGCCAAACCAGAUCACGAUUGAAAGCAAGCGCAGGUGCCUUGUGGCCGCGAAUCAAAUUUCGAGCAUCAUGAAAAUGAUCAGCCACGUCGAUCUGACUAGCCUGAAUCCAUUCAUAUCGUUUUGUCUAUACAUUGCGGCACGAGUCUUUGUGCAAUAUCUCAAAUCUCGACCCGAAGAUUCGAGUGUUCACUCUUCGCUGCAAUUUGUUGUCUCCGCUCUGAAUGCCAUGAAAAACAAGAACCCUUUGACCGAGUCUUUCCUCGUUCAAUUAGACGUUGAUCUUGAUGGAACUGGUAUUCGAGCGUUGGAUGACAGAGCAAAAGAAAGUGCUCGUGCUUCACAUGCAAUGGCACAAAACUAUUGCAGCGAUUCAGUCGAGUGCUCUCCCAUCUAUAACAUUCGCCAAUCCCAAACGGCGGGCACAAUGGAGGAGUCGCCGCAACAUAAUACGGGCCGUGGGAACAAACGUCAGCACGUGGGUACUGGCACGACAACCUCGCUUCCUAGUCGACAGAGGGAUUCAAUGGCCAACUCCACUGACGAAAAUCUACAUCACCUUUUCACCCCUGCUACCCAGACCACAGGCCAGAUCGCCGAGCAACCUGGCUCAGGGAGCAAACUCGAUUUAGACAUGGACUUUUCACCAGACUUCAGCACCCUCAGCGAGAGAAACAACCCGCCUUCUGAUCACCCUACACCUUCAACACUCAACUCCUCCUCCAAUACCUCCUACUCCAUAAACGGCGUCGACAACCCAUCCCCUGGCAAACAAUCAAAAUCAAGUCAAUCUUAUCCCAGCCAGGGAUCGACUCAAUCAUUCGAUAAGAUGAAUUCAAUCCACAUGCCUCCCGGAGACCUCACCUCGCAGGCCCCCGACUUGAAUACUAUGUUUGCUCGAGCUUAUCAAAGCAGCUCUGGCAGCCCGUCAAUCCCCACAGAUACAUCAAAUCUGUUUUCCAUGCCUUCUGCCUGGGACUUGCCAACUCCAAGUCAGGAAAUGGGUGCUGCUGACUUUAGCAACCUGAACGUCGGCGCUUUUAGUGAGUCUCAGUGGGCGCAGAUCCUCGGCGAGAAUGGAGCCACUCCUGGUUGGGAGAGUUGGCGUCAAUCUUGA